CAAAAUGCAACCCUGUUUUAAAACAGUUUAAAUAGCCGUAGUUAGGCAACCCGUUAUUAGGUAUUUAAAACAUAUAAACAAAAAAAAAACAAAAUAUUCUGUAUAAUACAAAAUAUUCUGUAUAAAUAACUAAAAAAAGCUUAAGAUUUAUGAAGCCGAAAGCAAUCAUUAAAAGAACGUAAUUUUAAACACAUAUAACACAACAAUUAAAAAAUAUUAAAAAUAAAGGAGAUAAUCUGCGAUAAUGUAUAGUCGUAAAUUGGAUCGAAUGUAUCAUCCACCAUCAAAUCUGGAUAGAUACGAUAAUGAGGAAUACAUGAAGAAUCCCUUAUUGAAAUUUCGUUUGGCCGACGUAUACGAAAGACGACAUCAUAUAUUUCUGAAGUAUCGAGCGGCAGAGGUUAAAAUGAAAUUAUCACGUAAACGCUUACCAUCUGAAUCCGACAUAAGAUAUCUGCCAGAAUCCCAUUAUGUGGACAACUUGCGGAGGUGUGUACGAAAAAUUGUGGUUCCAAAAAUGUUAACAAAAACCGAAAAACAAAUACUAAGCUAUGCACCGAAAAUUUUAAAGCAAAAACUACCGGAUCUAGUAAAAUCGUAUAUGAAGGAUGUUCACGAUGAGUUUGAUCGUUUAAUGAAAAUUUAUAGCAUGAAAAGUAUUUUGGUUAAACCAGAAUUGCCUGGCGAGGACCCAGCUGAGUUUGAUUUACCAAAAGCCGACUUUAGGUUUUCGCUACCUGGGAAGACAGAAAAUUACUCGAAAUUUGUUCAAAACCGAAAGAGAAUAAAACAGCGUUUACUAAUUCUGCACAUCCCCGUAAGAUGUGUGUUAAAUUCAAGCGAAUUGGAAUUUCCCGAACUGUUAAUUGUAUUCGAUCCGUUACAAUUGAAAAUGACGCAAGCUGCCUCGGUACAAAUGGGUUUGGGUGAAAGGGAAUGUAUUUCUCACAAAACAUUGCUAAAAUAUUGUCGCACAUCGUUGGACAAUAACAACACCUACUUAAGGUGGACUUGGUAUCCAAAGUUUAUAUGCAGUAUACGACGAAUGUAUAAAAAGCGGGUUAUUAGUUCUAAGUUAUGGCCUCCGACAUUUCUAUGUAUAGAGGGUCUCAUUAACCGACAGCUUAAUAAUUUAAAACAAAGAACUCUAACGGAACUGCUAAAAGUGUGUGCAAAUGAUCGUAAAAUACCCAUGUUGCGCUUGAAUUUGGUAUGUUACGAUGAAGAUAACAGCAUUGAUAUAAGUCCAAGCAUUGAGGAAAUACUAGAAGUAUAUGAGACAAUAGCGAGAGAGAUAGCCGAUGUAGGUAAUCGAAUGGAACCCAUACAACCUCAAAUUGAUGCUUCAACAGUUAGCCAGGCUGCCGAGUAUUUGCGCAUAAAUCUGAAUCUAAAUUAUCUUAAUGAAUAUAUAGAACAACUAAAAGCAGUUAUCGUAAAAACAUAUCAACCGAUACAACAAUAUUUGGUGAAGUACCAAAGAAAGUAUUACAAUCUCUACAGUCAAACUGUAAUGGAUGAUUUGAACGAGUUCUUAUCUGAGCCGCGUGCAUUUGAAGAAUAUUUCACUAAAAUUGACACCUACUUUGAAUAUAUUAACUUGUUGCGUAGCGAACCACGGCAGGACUUCUUCGUUUUGGCCAUUAUAAACAAUGAGCCAGCCAUAAAACGUCUUCGUCAAAUAGCGGAUGGGUUAAUUUCCCGCAUAACGACCGCAAUUACCAAACAACAUAUAAAAACUGAAUUAGAUAUUUGUGAUGAAUUUCAAUAUAUUAAGGAUAGAGCUUUAGAAAUACCGAAAACCACCGAAGAGCUUUUGGCGGCUGCAGAAUACAUGAUUUUUGUCAAGAAAGAGAAACUCUUCGAAUUAAGAAAUCGCAUACAAUAUUGCCUGAAAAUAGGCACCAAUUUGGUUGAAUUGUGUGAGAUGUCUCCAUAUCAUUUUGAUUUGACCAUCACCACCAUUAGUUGGUUGUAUGACAUCAAUGAAAUCUGUGAUUAUAAUGCCUCUCAGCAGGAGAAUUACAAGUGUCUAUUUGAAGAGCAUUUGCAGGAAGUCGUUAAGAAACUAAAUGAAGAUAUCGAAGAACUAAUACCAAAAAUUACAAUCAUUAAUGACAUGAGUGAUCCGAAAAAGUUUAAAGAAUAUUAUAUAAUGCUGCAGAAUUUUAUAGAUCAAUUAAAAAUAUUCGAUGACUACGUGGCCUGGAUUAAUAAGGAGGAAAAGCUGUUCAAAAUUCCACAAACACUAUAUCCAACGUUGGAUGUUUUGAAGACAUUUGUUUAUCCGUUUGCAACAUUAAUGAAGUUAUGCAUUAAUUGGAUGCGUUACCAUAGCGUGUGGCUGGAUGGGCCAUUUGAAUAUUUGGAACCAAAAUUUGUGGAACUUACAACCGAUAAUUAUCUUAAAGAAUUCCAAAAGAAUCAAAAGUACUACAGGCAAAAAAUCAAACAGGAUCUAAUCGAUAAUCCAAUUUGUAAAUUUAAGGGUCAAACGGAAGAUCCUGACCCCGAGAAUCAUCCGGUUCCCUUGAGACUUUGUAACAAAAUGAUACAAUCAAUUAAAGAUUUUACCAUAGGCGUGUUUAUAGUGAAUAACAUGUGUAAUCCAGCCCUUAGAAAACGGCAUUGGAAAGAAAUGUCGGAAAUAGCUGGAUUCGAUAUAACUCCGGAUGCUGGAACGACUUUGAGGAAAAUCUUAAACUAUAAAUUAGAUUCAAAAUUGGAUCAGUUUGAAAUAAUAAGUGUAGGGGCUAAUAAAGAGUUGCAACUAUGGAAUGCCUUACAGUCCAUGAUUCACGAGUGGGAUAACAAGAUCUUUCCAACGGGACCAUACAAGGAGACAGGAGUACAGAUCUUAUCUAAUCUGGAUGAUAUACAAGCUCUUCUGGAUGACCACAUACUGAAAACAUUGUCAAUGCGUGGCUCAGCUUUCAUGAAGCCUUGUGAAACCGAAGUUUUGGCUUGGUAUGAUAAAAUAAAAAGAGUAAAUGAAACAUUAGACCAGUGGGGAAAAGUACAAGCUAAUUUCCUAUAUUUGUUGCCCAUAUUCUCUUCAAAAGACAUAGUAGCUCAAAUGCCUGAAGAGGGAAGGCUAUUCUUAAUUGUGGAACAAACAUUUACACGUAAUAUGGGCAUGAUAUUGAGACAACCCUUAGUUAUGGAAACAGCUCCUGCAUCUGGUUUACUUGAAUCUCUCAUCAAAGCUGUAGAACUUUUAGAUGAUAUUACCAAUGGCGUUAACAAUUACUUGGAAAAGAAAAGAUUAUACUUUCCUCGUUUCUUCUUCUUGUCGAAUGACGAAAUGUUGGAGAUUUUAUCGGAAACCAAAGAUCCUUUAAGAGUUUUACCUCACUUAAGUAAAUGUUUUGAAGGUAUCAAUAGCUUGGAAUUUGAUGAAAAGAAAAAUGUCAUGUCUAUGAUUAGUGGAGAUAUGGAAAUUGUUCCAUUCGUGGAUCAGGUGUCUACAGCUGCUGCAGGUGGCAGUGUAGAAAAAUGGCUUCUGGGUGUGGAAUAUGAAAUGUUAAAGGCUGUUCGAGAACAAAUGGGAAUGUCAUUUGAGCACUAUCCCAAAGUCGAGAGAUAUGAAUGGGUAUUGCAUUGGCCACAAAUGGUGGCCUUGUGUGUAUCACAAAUCUAUUGGGCUGCCAAUGUUCAUAUUAAUUUAAGAAAGUCCGUGACUGAUUACCAGGCAAUGAACAAUUUUUUUGCCGAACUAACCUCCGAUUUGCAUCAGAUUGUGAGUUUAGUCAGAUCUACCGAAAUAAGCAAUUUAAAUCGCAUCACCAUUAAGUCUUUAAUAGUCAUUGAUGUUCAUGCCAAAGAUGUGGUCGAGGAACUUAUACGUUUGAAAAUAAACAGUGAGUAUGAUUUCCAAUGGAUGUCCCAGUUACGUUACUAUUGGGAGGAGGGAGACAGUUGGGUAAGAAUCAUUAAUGCUACAGUACCAUAUGCCAAUGAAUAUUUGGGCAACUCAGAUCGUUUGGUUAUAACACCCUUGACUGAUCGUUGUUAUCGCACAUUGGUGGGAGCUUAUCAGUUACAUUUAAAUGGAGCCCCCGAAGGACCAGCUGGCACUGGUAAAACAGAAACCACCAAGGAUCUUGCGAAAGCUUUGGCAGUUCAAUGCAAAGUAUUUAAUUGUUCCGACGGCCUGGAUUACAAAGCAAUGGGUAAAUUUUUUAAAGGUUUAGCUUCCAGUGGAGCCUGGGCCUGUUUUGAUGAAUUUAAUCGUAUCGAACUAGAAGUUCUUUCUGUGGUGGCCCAACAAAUAUUAUUAAUCGUCCAAGCUGUACGUGCCAAUGCCGUAAAAUUCGUAUUUGAAAAUACCGAAUUAACGUUAAACCCUUCAUGUUAUGUGUGCAUUACUAUGAAUCCAGGCUAUGCAGGACGUUCCGAAUUACCAGACAAUUUAAAGGUACUAUUUCGAUCUGUUGCAAUGAUGGUUCCGGAUUAUGCAAUGAUUGGAGAAAUCUCUCUUUAUUCCUAUGGUUUCGUGGAUGCCCGUAAAUUGGCAGUUAAAAUUGUGACUACCUACCGUUUAUGCUCUGAACAAUUAUCUAUGCAAAAUCAUUAUGAUUAUGGAAUGAGAGCGGUAAAGACAGUACUCUCUGCCUGUGGCAAUAUAAAAAAACAAUUUCCCAAUGAACUGGAAGAUAUUUUGCUGUUACGAUCUUUAAUAGAUGUUAAUUUACCUAAAUUCAUGUCUUUUGAUAUUCCACUUUUUGAAGGAAUAAUCUCAGACAUUUUCCCUGGCAUUAACUUACCGACCAUCGAUUAUUCACUUAUCGAGGCGGAAUUUAAGAAAUUUUGUAAGGAAAUGGUUUUGGAACCAACAGAUAGUUUCCUCACCAAAGUUAUACAGACAUAUGAAAUGAUGAUAGUGCGACAUGGUUUUAUGUUGGUCGGAGAGCCUUUGGCUGGCAAAUCAAAAACUUUGGACAUAUUGGCAAAAAUUUUGUCGUCUUUAAAGAUCAAGGAUCCUGAAAAGAGUCCUUAUUUUCAACAUGUACAAAUGGGUAUAAUGAAUCCAAAAUCAAUAACAAUGAAUCAGUUGUAUGGUUCGUUUGACCCAGUUUCAUAUGAGUGGACGGAUGGCUUAGUUGCUCGCAUAUUUAGAGAUUUUGCCAUGACUCCAACACCAGAUAGAAAAUGGGUAAUAUUUGAUGGUCCUGUGGAUGCAGUUUGGAUUGAAAAUAUGAAUACUGUACUUGACGACAAUAAGAAACUGUGUUUAACAUCGGGCGAGGUCAUAACCAUGACUAAAGAAAUGUCUAUGAUUUUCGAAGUUAUGGAUUUGGCACAAGCUUCACCGGCCACUGUGUCACGCUGUGGCAUGAUAUACAUGGAGCCCACCACAUUAGGGUGGCAAGCUUUUGCAAACACUUGGCUUCAGAAAUCCGACAACAGAUGGGCUGAUGAGGAGUCUAUACCAUACAUUAAAGCUUUAUUUAAUUGGUUGUUGGACCCGUGUCAAGAAUUUGUUCGGAAAAAUUGUACACAAUACUUAAAACCAGGAGAAUAUAAUUGUCUUACAACCACCUUUGAUAUAUUUGAAAUGUGCCUUAACGAGGCAAUCGAUGAAAAUCCCGAGGACUAUCAAAAAUAUUUACCAAUGUAUUUUCAGGCAGCCAUAAUAUUUUCCUUAAUUUGGGGAGUGGCUGGUAUUCUAGACUCAAGGUCCAGGGAAAAGUUUGAUGCAUUCUUAAGAAAGCAUUGGGCGGAUGAAGAAAAUAUUCCCGCAAACGUUGGAAAAUUGGAAAUAGCAAUACCAGUUGAGGGGCUGUUAGUGGACUAUAUAUAUAUUUUUAAGCAACGCGGAGCUUGGCGCUCCUGGCCAGAUAUUGCUAAACGUAUGGAAGUGGAGGAAACCUCUUUGGGAGUUCAAGUUCCAACCGUGGACACCGCUCGUUACAUGCACUUAUUAAAAAUGCAUAUUGAUCAUAAAAAGAAAAUAUUAUUGGUAGGCCCUACAGGAACCGGAAAAAGUGUAUAUGUACAAAACUAUCUUAUGAAUCGACUGAAUAGUGAAACCAAUGAAUCCGCAUUUAUGACUUUCACUGUUAUGAUUACCGCCAAUCAAACUCAAGAAUUAUUAAUUUCCAAGUUACAAAAGUGGAAACGAGGUAUUUAUGGUGCACCUAAAGGCAAAAAUACUGUACUUUUUGUAGAUGAUAUGAAUAUGCCUAUAAAAGAGGAAUAUGGAGCCCAACCUCCUUUAGAACUUCUACGGCAAUAUUUCGAUUAUGGCCAUGUUUACGAUCUUAAAGAUAGUACCAAAAUAUUUAUACACAAUGUGAUAUUUGUCAGUGCUUGUGGUUUACCAGGUGGAAGUCGACAAGAUGUUUAUCCUCGAUUUUUGAAUCACUUUAAUAUUUUUUCAAUAGACACAUUUAGUGAUGACACCAUGAAUCGUAUUUUUGUUAAUGUUCUAUUGAAUGGUUUUCGUAAGACGGGGCAUGGCAACGAUGUGUUUGUGGUGGUCAAUCAAAUCGUUUCGGCCACCCAACAAAUUUACAAAAUGGUUCAAAAUGAGAUGAGAGCUACGCCAGCCAAAAGUCAUUAUAUAUUUAAUCUAAGAGACAUAUCACGCGUUGUAACGGGCUGUUCUCUUUUACGUAAGGAGUCUGUCAAUGAUAAGAAGGUGUUUGUUCGUUUAUGGUAUCACGAAGCCUUGAGAGUAUUCUAUGAUCGAUUAGUGGACGAUGGCGAUCGAAAAUGGAUGUUUAACAAAUUAAAUGAAUGCGUGAAAGCAAAUUUCAAAGAAAAAUUAGAAACUGUAUUUGACAAUUAUUGCAAUGAAGCAGCCGACUCCGGUGAGGCUUUAUUUACUUUGGAUAUUGCAAGUCGUGUAUUCUUCGGUGUGUAUUUUGACGAGGAUAGUGUGGCCGAUGAGAGAAGAUACGAAGAAGUUCCCACCAUGGCUGCCCUUUAUAAAUUAGCCAUGACAAGUUUGGAUGACUACAACUCCACCAGAAGAUCAAAAAUGGAUAUCACAUUAUUUACCUUUGCUCUACAACAUUUGAAUCGUAUAUGCCGCAUUAUUUCCAUCGGAGGAGCCAGUGCACUUCUCAUUGGCCUUGGCGGUUCAGGUCGGCAGUCUCUAACGAAGUUAGCCACCAACAUGGUGCAAACUUCCUUCUUUCAACCAGAAAUAACUAAAAACUAUGGCGCCAAUGAUUGGCAUGAUGAUUUGAAAAGUGUUUUAAAAGAAGCCGGUGGCUUGGACAAACACACUGUGUUUUUAAUGACUGAAAAUCAAAUAAAAAUGGAAUUGUUUUUACAGGAUAUAGACUGUUUACUGAAUCAAGGCGAAGUGCCCAAUAUCUAUGCCAUUGAUGAAAAACAGGAAAUUUUAGAAAUGGUCCGUUUAGCAGCUCAGGGAGGCAAUCGCAAUAUAGAUAUAUCUCCAUUACAAGUCUUUUCAUUUUUUGUUAACCGUUGUAAAAAGAAAUUACAUAUUGUAUUAUGUCUGUCUCCAAUAGGAGAUUCUUUGAGAACACGAGUACGUUUAUAUCCUUCGCUUGUGAAUUGUUGCACCAUAGAUUGGUAUCAAAGUUGGCCGGAAGAGGCUUUGCAAAUGGUAGCAAAAAUAUCAUUAGAAAAUGUUAAUGUUCCCUCCGAGGAAGUAAAACAGGCCAUAGUGGAGACUACGCAAUAUUUCCACACAACUGCGUCGUCAGUAUGUUCUGACUUCUGUCAAGCCACCGGUCGAUAUAUAUAUUUGACCAAUGCUUCCUUUUUGGAACUGAUACAAUCUUUUCAAAAGGUAAUUGGGCGCAAACAGCAAGAAGUAAUGGACGCAAAAAUGCGUUAUAUAGGAGGUUUAGACACGUUGGCUUCUGCAGCUGACGCUAUUUCUAUAAUGCAAAAAGAAUUGAAUGAUUUGCAACCAAAGCUGUUAUCUAUGGCGGAAAAUUCACGCAAGAUGUUACUGGAAAUCAACACAGAGAGUGUGGCCGCACAGGCAGCAGCAGAACAAGUGAAAAAAGAUGAAAUAGUGGCGGGCAUACAAGCGGAGGCGGCUCAAGAGUUGAAAAGCGAAUGUGAAAAAGAUUUAGCCCAAGCCAUUCCUGUUCUGGAAGAAGCAUUACAGGCUCUCAAUACACUUAAACCGGCAGAUAUUACUCUGGUCAAGUCUAUGAAAAAUCCUCCAUCAGUCAUUAAAUUAGUAAUGGCUGCUGUUUGUGUUAUAAAGGGUAUACCACCAGACCGUAUAGCGGAUCCUGCUACUGGAAAAAUGGUUAAUGAUUAUUGGGGACCCAGUAAACGAAUAUUGGGCGAUUUAAAUUUUCUCCAAGCCCUUAAAGAUUUUGACAAAGAUAAUAUAAAUCCCGAAAUAAUGAAAAAGAUACGUAAAGAUUUUAUACCUCACAAAGAUUUCAAUCCAAAAAUUGUUGCUAAAGCUUCGAGUGCGGCCAAGGGUCUAUGUCAAUGGAUUAUUGCUAUGGAUCUUUAUGACAAUGUGGCAAAAAUUGUGGCCCCAAAAAAAGCCAAGUUAAUAGCAGCCGAAAAAGAAUAUGCCGAUACUAUGACAUUUUUAAAUGAAAAGCGAGAACUGACUGCUGCUUUGGAGGCUAAGGUAGCCAAACUCAAUGAGGAUUUAGACAAGGCAAAUCAGGAAAUGAGAAGAACACAAGAUGAAGCUGAUCUUUGUGAAAGUAGACUCAGUCGUGCUAAAUCCUUGAUAGAUGGUUUGGGCGGAGAAAAAUCCAGAUGGACAAAAGCAGCUGAAGAUUUACAAAGCCUUUACGAUCAUUUGCCAGGAGACAUUCUAAUAUCAUGUGGAGUGAUAGCGUAUCUCUCAGCCGUUAACUAUAAAUAUCGUUCUAUGUGUGUGGAAGACUGGUAUCAGAAGUGUGUUAAUCACAAAAUUCCCCUUUCUGAAAAUUACAGUAUUACCAAAGCUUUAGGUUUAGACAUCACCAUACAAAAUUGGAAUAUCAAUGGUUUACCCAACGAUGUCUUUUCCACUGAAAAUGCUAUUAUUUCAGCCAAUUCAAGUCGUUACAGUCUGUUCAUAGACCCCCAGGGGCAGGCCAACAACUGGAUUAAAAAUACCGAACGUAAAAAUCGUUUAAGUGCAGUCAAAUUUAAUCAGGCUAAUUACAUGAAAAUCAUAGCCGAGUCCAUGGAAUAUGGUUAUCCGGUUAUAAUAGAAAAUGUACUAGAGGAACUAGAGGUACCAUUAGAUCCCAUACUAUUGCAUAAAACAUUUACGCAAGGCGGUCAUCAGUUUAUAAGCUUAGGCGAUAACAUUGUACCGCUUCAUAAAAACUUUCGUCUGUACAUGACUUGUAACUUAAGAAAUCCUCACUUUCUACCAGAAACAUUCAACAAGGUCACUAUUAUAAACUUUGCUCUAACUCAGAGCGCCCUAGAGGACCAGUUGCUCAGUAUAGUAGUGGCCAAAGAAAGGCCAGAUUUACAAGAAUUACGUAUGAAUUUGACAGAUGAAGCUGCCAAGAACAAAGCAGCCUUAGUGGAUGCUGAAAAUAUGAUAUUAAAAACAUUAACAUGCUCCGAAGGGGAUAUUUUGGAAAAUGAAGGUGCUAUUCAAAUUUUGGGAGAAUCUAAAACUUUGUCGAUUGAUAUUGUGGCCAAACAAGAAGCCUCUAAGGAAACAUCUACCAAAAUAGAAGCAUUUAGACUUAACUACAAACCGGUAGCCAUACACUCCUCUAUACUCUAUUAUUCUAUAACUGAUUUGCCCAACAUCGAUCCCAUGUACCAAUUUUCACUAAACUGGUAUAUAAAUUUGUAUAUGUAUUCCAUAGAAACUGCCAACAAGUCCAAAGAACUACCCAGGCGUAUAAAAUUUCUAGUAGAUGCAGUGACUAGAAAUCUAUACAACAACGUUUGCAGAUCAAUAUUUGACAAAGAUAAAUUACUAUUUUCCUUCAUAUUAUGUUGUCGCAUCUUGCUGGGCAAUAAUCAAAUAGAAAUGCGUCAUAUGGUACAUUUGUUAACAUCAGCCAAAGAAUCAGGACAUGUUCCCAAAAAUCCAGACCCCUCUUGGAUUACUGAAACCAUAUGGGCAAACGUACUACGUUUAGAAGAGUUACCGGAACUUAAAGGCUUAGUAAAGUUUUUCCAAAGCAAUCUUGGUGCCUGGAAGAAAAUAUAUGAUCAUGCAGAACCUGAAUUACAACCCCUUCCAGAACCUUGGCACAACAAGACUACCCGUUUUGAAAAAAUUAUUAUAUUAAAAUCUUUACGACCUGAUAAGGUAUUUCUGGCCAUACGUCACUUCAUAGCAGCCGAAAUGGGCUCACAAUUUGUUACUCCCCCAGACUUCGAUAUAAGUAAAUCAUUUAUGGAGUCAACGGCUUUAACUCCUUUAAUUUUUAUACUUUCUCCUGGUGCUGAUCCCCUAGGGUCUCUAUUGUCAUUUGCGGAAAGGACUGGCUAUGAUGAGACUUUCCAAAGUAUUUCUUUAGGACAGGGACAGGGUCCAAUAGCUCAGAAUCUCAUAAAAGUAGCUCAGGAGUUGGGCUAUUGGGUGUGUUUACAGAAUUGCCAUUUGGCAGCUUCGUGGAUGCCCAAAUUGGAAUUUUUAUGGGAAAAUAUGGAUACGUUUAAUACCUCGCCCGGAUUUCGAUUAUGGCUAACUAGCUAUCCCACGCCUCAAUUUCCCGUUGCCUUACUGCAAAAUGGUGUCAAGAUGACAAAUGAGCCGCCCACCGGCUUAAAGGAAAAUAUUAUGCGUUCGUAUAACUCGGAGCCGAUAAACGAUCAAUCAUUCUAUACGGGUGUCCCGAAACAAGAUCGUGCUUUUACUCGCCUGCUUUUUGGUAUAUGUUUCUUUCAUGCGGUUGUCCAAGAGCGGCGCAAAUACGGACCUUUGGGUUGGAAUAUUGCAUACGGAUUUAACGAAUCUGAUUUGCAAAUAUCAGUUUUGCAAUUAAGGAUGUUGCUAAAUCAAUACGAGCAUGUGCCAUAUGAUGCCAUAUCAUACUUAACAGCAGAGUGUAAUUAUGGAGGUCGAGUUACAGACACUUGGGAUCGUCGUGCUAUUGUCACAAUUCUGGCCGAUUAUGUUAAUUCCGAGGUGGUAUCAAACAACCGCUAUAAAUUUGCUAUAGAAGAUAGAUUCAUUGUCCCUCGUAAAACCGAACAUCGUGAGAUUUUACGAUAUGUCGAUGAAAACUAUCCCAGCUUGGCGGCGCCCGAUGUGUACGGCCUCCAUGCUAACUCGGGCAUAACACGAGACUUACAAACUACCAAAACUUUAUUGGAUUCAAUGAUUUUAAUAUUGGGCAGUGAAGUUACUUCAGGUGGCGGCAUAGGCCAAAGUGCCGAACAAUUGUUAUUGGAUACCGUUAAAGAAAUUGUAGCCGAGAUGCCGCAAAAUAUGGAUAUUGAAGCAGCCAAAAAGAAGUAUCCCGUGGAGUAUAGUGAAUCUAUGAAUACAGUGAUCACACAGGAAAUGGAACGAUUUUUGAAGUUGCAAUUAGAAAUUCGAGCUUCAUGUCGUGAUGUGGAGAAUGCAGUUCACGGUAUUAUUGUAAUGACCCCUGAGUUGGAAGCCGUUAUAACCGCUAUCAAGUUAAAUCGAAUACCAGCGAAAUGGAUGAAGAAAUCAUAUCCUAGUUUAAAGCCAUUAGCAUCUUAUAUUCAGGAUUUAUUUAAGAGAAUCAACUGGUUGCAUCAUUGGCAUCAUCAUAGCAAACCGCCCACAUUUUGGAUAUCGGGCUUCUUCUUUACACAAGCUUUCUUGACAGGAGCUAUGCAGAAUUUUGCAAGAAAAUAUAAAAUACCAAUUGAUACUCUAACAUUUGAUCAUGAAGUCCUCAAUGAAACCUACAAAGACAGAGCUCCCGAAGAUGGUGUGUACAUAAAUGGUUUAUUCCUAGAGGGGGCACGCUGGAAUUGGGAGGAAAAUAUACUAGAUGAACAAUUGCCUAAAGUCUUGAUUUACUCAAUGCCAGCCAUUUACCUCAAACCGACAAUAAUUAGUGAGCUACAAGAAGGCAACCGCUAUAAAAGCCCUUUAUACAAGACGGCCGAACGUAAAGGCACUCUUUCGACUACGGGUCACUCUACAAAUUAUGUUAUACCCUUGCUGCUGAACACUAAACUUAAAGCAUCGCAUUGGGUUAAACGCAGUGUGGCUUUAAUAUGCCAAACAAAUGAUUAAAAUUUAUAUUUUCAAACAACUGUUUAUAUAUUAUAUUUACGAUAACAUUUAUUUUCAUUCAUUAACUUGUAUAAUGUUCAUCAUAAAUAAAUACAUAUAUAUUUUCGAUUAACAAAUAACUGAUUUUAAAAC